UGCCUUCUUCCGCGGGGCGCCAGCCGCCUUAGGCCCGAGCAAGAGCGGACGGCGGGUGGGCGCAGCUGCAGCGUGAGCGCCGGCGGGGGCUGGUGGGCCCCGCACCUUCGCUCCUCCUCAGCGCCCGCGCCCUCGGACAUGGUGGCACCCGGCUCUGUGACCAGCCGGCUGGGCUCGGUGUUCCCCUUCCUGCUGGUUCUGGUGGACCUACAGUACGAAGGUGCUGAAUGUGGAGUAAAUGCAGAUGUUGAGAAACAUCUUGAAUUGGGCAAGAAACUUCUUGCAGCUGGACAGCUAGCUGAUGCCUUAUCUCAGUUUCAUGCUGCAGUAGAUGGUGACCCUGAUAACUAUAUUGCUUAUUAUCGGAGAGCUACUGUCUUCUUAGCUAUGGGCAAAUCAAAAGCAGCACUUCCUGAUUUAACUAAAGUGAUUGAAUUGAAGAUGGAUUUCACUGCAGCAAGAUUACAGAGAGGUCACUUGUUACUCAAACAAGGAAAACUUGAUGAAGCAGAAGAUGAUUUUAAAAAAGUGCUCAAAUCAAAUCCAAGUGAAAAUGAAGAAAAAGAAGCCCAGUCCCAACUUAUCAAAUCUGAUGAAAUGCAGCAUUUGCGUUCACAAGCACUUGAUGCUUUUGAAAGCUCAGAUUAUAUUGCUGCUAUAACCUUCCUUGAUAAGGUUUUAGAGGUUUGUGUUUGGGAUGCAGAAUUACGGGAACUUCGAGCUGAAUGUUUUAUAAAAGAAGGGGAACCUAGGAAAGCGAUAAGUGACUUAAAAGCUGCAUCAAAAUUGAAGAAUGAUAAUACUGAGGCAUUUUAUAAAAUCAGCACACUGUACUAUGAGCUAGGAGACCAUGAACUAUCUCUCAGUGAAGUUCGUGAAUGUCUUAAACUUGACCAGGAUCAUAAAAGGUGUUUUGCACACUAUAAACAAGUCAAGAAACUUAAUAAGCUGAUUAAGUCAGCUGAAGAGCUCAUCAAAGAAGGCAGAUACACAGAUGCGACCAGCAAAUAUGAAUCUGUCAUGAAAACAGAGCCAAGUGUUUCUGAGUAUACAAUUCGUUCAAAAGAAAGGAUUUGCCACUGCUUUUCGAAGGAUGAGAAGCCUGUUGAAGCCAUUCGAGUGUGUUCGGAAGUUUUACAGAUGGAACCUGACAAUGUGAACGCUCUGAAAGACCGAGCAGAGGCCUAUUUAAUAGAAGAGAUGUACGAUGAAGCUAUUCAGGACUAUGAAACUGCUCAGGAACACAAUGAGAAUGACCAGCAGAUUCGAGAAGGUCUAGAGAAAGCACAGAGGCUACUGAAACAGUCACAGAAACGAGAUUAUUAUAAAAUCUUGGGAGUAAAAAGAAAUGCCAAAAAACAAGAAAUCAUUAAAGCAUACCGAAAAUUAGCACUGCAGUGGCACCCAGAUAACUUCCAGAAUGAAGAAGAAAAGAAAAAAGCUGAGAAAAAGUUCAUUGACAUAGCAGCUGCUAAAGAAGUCCUCUCCGAUCCAGAGAUGAGGAAGAAGUUUGACGACGGAGAAGAUCCCCUGGAUGCAGAAAGCCAACAAGGAGGGGGCGGCAACCCUUUCCACAGAAGCUGGAACUCAUGGCAAGGGUUCAAUCCCUUCAGCUCAGGCGGACCUUUUAGAUUUAAAUUCCACUUCAAUUAAACCAGCUGUUUUUCUGCUCUUCAUUUUUUAAAGAUUAAACACAAAAAACCUU